CGCAUGACAAGAUUUAUCGCUCAGAACAUAUUAGCUCCAGUAUUGGUUACAUCCGGUGUCAUCGGAAAUAUAUUCAACAUAGUCGUUCUAAAGAGUCCAAAGAUGAAAAGCUCAACAAACGUUUAUCUCAUGGCACUAGCAAUCUGUGAUUCAAUGUAUCUCAUAUUCAUGUUUCUAUUGUCUUUUUUUAACUGUGAAAACAAAAAUCAGUUGAAAUUUAUCUUCUACACUGUUCCGUUUGGACGCGUGUUUUCCGAUCUUUUUGGUAAUACGGCCGUAUGGCUGACAGUUGCGUUUACCCUGGAGAGGUAUAUAGGUGUAUGCCAUCCGAUGAAAGGGAAAGCCUGGUGUACUAUUGGAAAAGCAAAGUUGGCUGUUAUUUUCGUAUUUAUCAUUUCACUUGUCAAUACAUUUCCGGAGUUCUUUGAGCUUGAAAUCGUGGAAUAUGGUGAUAUUGGAAAUGAAAAGUCUACUGUAUUGAAAUGUCAAACUACGAGAUUUGGGAGUACUUCUAGCUACCAAAUCGGAUAUUUUUGGUGGUAUGUGGCGUUUUUCAAUUUCCUUCCUCUGAUUUUGCUAGCAGUAUUUAACAGUAUAUUGAUAUUGUCUGUUUGGAAGGCUAAUAAAACUAGACGUACAUUAUCGAAUUCAACCGUCAUCGGUGAAACAACAAGGCAAGCAACAGAACAACAAAAAGUGACUACUAUGCUGAUUUCGGUAGUGAUUAUCUUUCUGCUGUGCCAGCUCCCGUGGGCAAUACUUUUGCUGUACAAAGCAUAUAUAUCGGCCAAUGAUAUCCACUCGCAUGGCGACAGCUUAAGAAUAGCUGGCAAUGUGUGUAAUUUGUUAGUGGAAUUCAAUUCUUCUGUUAACUUUUUACUGUAUUCAUAUUUCAGUAGUCGAUUUCGACGUACUUUUCAGAGUAUUUUUUGCAAAUGGAGACGGGAAAGGGACCGGCGGAGAUCUCUCUCCAGUUCCUCUGAUACCUUUCGGAAAUCCUCAUCCUCCAAAGACAGCACGACAGUCACUUCUGUGUCUUCUUAUAGAUCUAAAAGGAUGUUAUCUGACGUCUCAGUAAGAGAAAAUCUUAUUAGUCAGAAAUUGUAA